GCUCCCGGAAGCCGCGCUCCGCUCGCGCCACGUAGGUCCCGGCGCAGCCGCCGGGUGUUGCCUCCGAGGACCAGCCAUGGGCAGCGCAGCCCCGCGCUCCGCCUCGUGGCUGCUGCUGCCGCUCCUGCUGCUCCUGCUGCGGGCCGAGCGGCUGCGGGGCGCCGAGCUCACCUUCGAGCUGCCGGACAGCGCGAAGCAGUGCUUCCAUGAGGACGUGGAGCAGGGCGUCAGGUUCUCCCUGGACUACCAGGUCAUCAGCGGAGGCCACUACGACGUCGACUGCUACGUGCAGGACCCCCUGGGAAACACCAUCUACAGGGAGACCAAGAAGCAGUAUGACAGCUUCACGUACCAGGCCCAGGUCAAGGGCGUGUAUCAGUUUUGCUUCAGUAACGAGUUUUCCACCUUCUCUCACAAGACCGUCUAUUUUGACUUUCAAGUGGGCGACGAGCCCCCCAUUCUCCCGGAAAUGGGGAACAGGGUCACAGCGCUCACCCAGAUGGAGUCUGCCUGUGUGACCAUCCACGAGGCCCUGAAGGUGGUGAUCGAGUCCCAGACGCACUACCGGCUCCGGGAAGCCCAGGACCGGGCCCGCGCCGAGGACCUGAACAGCCGGGUGUCCUACUGGUCCAUCGGCGAGACCAUCGCCCUGUUCGUGGUCAGCAUCAGCCAGGUGCUGCUGCUGAAGAGCUUCUUCACGGAGAAGCGGCCCGCCGGCAAGGCAGUCCACUCCUAGCAGGGCUGUCCCGCGCCAGGGCUCCUCCUCACGACCAAGGCCACGGCCGCCCGCGGGCUGUGAGUGCGACCCCGGGCGUGGCACACAUGCGCUCACCUCUCCUCCACUCAGGUGCUUCACCCUCAUCCCUCAGUUGCAGAGUCCACGGAGCGCGGCAGUCGGAAGGCGUCUCACCGUGGUGCUGAGUGA